GUCAAGUGUCUUUCAAUAGCUCCAAAUGGAGCUGAACAAUUCGGAUGCCUCCGAAGAUGGCGUCAGUAUAUCCGCCGAUUGGAGGGGUUCCGGUGACGAGGCUCCCGUCGAGUUCAGCGUUCUCUCAUCGGUAGAUUCUCCAUCCAACUUCCGGCGUGGAUCAUUCAAAUCAGGUUCCGCUCCUGUUCCGCAACACCGUGCCAAGCUCCGACGGUAUGCGACUGAUGAAUCUAGCUGGAGGAUCGAGGAAGAUUCGAGCCACUACAAUGGCGCAAAUGCUCCCAAAACUUGGAGUCACAAGAAUCCUUGGAAGCAUCAAGCAAGGAAGAUCGAGCACUCAUGUUUGGAUCAUACAAUGAGCAACUGAUGGACAGUAACCCUGUGGAGCAUAACGAACAGCAGGACACAAACAUUUCCAGACCUAGAAGAAAUAUUCAGAAACCCAGUAGAUUUAAAAAUAUGUUCAUGUAUCAUGUAUAUCAAUAAUCAGUAGGGGUAGUAAAGAAUGUAGUGUACAAAUGAGUUUGAUUAAAAAUAUGUUUUAAAAAAUUAAUUAACUUAGGAGACACAGGCAUCAGAGUAGUUAAAGCCAAAUUAUUUAUGAUAAUAAAUUCAGUCUUAAGUGAUAUUUGAGCACGGCAAGUCAAGUGUCUUUCAAUAGCUCCAAAUGGAGCUGAACAAUUCGGAUGCCUCCGAAGAUGGCGUCAGUAUAUCCGCCGAUUGGAGGGGUUCCGGUGACGAGGCUCCCGUCGAGUUCAGCGUUCUCUCAUCGGUAGAUUCUCCAUCCAACUUCUGGCGUGGAUGUUUCAAAUCAGGUUCCGCUCCUGUUCCGCAACACCGUGCCAAGCUCCGACGGUAUGCGACUGAUGAAUCUA